AUGGAUAUCCUCAAAACCCUCUUCUCUCGCCGCUUCCCCUCACUCCGUCUCAACCUCCAAACCACCCCUCACAGAUCCGCCACUGCCUUUCCCCAACCCCCACUCGGCCCAAUCCCCCAAACCAGGCCCUAUAAAAAACCCCUCCACGUUCUCUUCUCCCAAGCCGUGGGCCUCUCGGAAAAGCCCGCAACCCCCGAUGACGAGGACGACAACGCAGAAGCAAAAAGUGAUGCCGUUCUGAAGAAGAACCUAAUUGAGUUGGAGAAAGAGAUAAAGAGCUUUAAAGAGAAAACGAAAGUGGUUCCGAAGAAAAGCUUGUUCGCUCUGUUUACGAAGCAACCACCUGACACUGUUGCCACGCACAAGGUGAAGGAAGUGAAGCCCAGGGAACCAGUGGUUAUUAAGGAUCUUUCGGAUGAUGCUGUGAUGUUCAUUCAGUACUUGUACGAGAAAGGGUAUUUUAGGGAUGCUAAUUUCGUCCAGGGGAAGCGAAGUUUUGACCUUACUUGGUUCGAUAACCUUUUCGCCAGAGGCUAUGUCAAGUUCGCCGCUCAGAAAUUUGCCAGAGAUAAUCAAGAAAUUGCCAAAUGGCUGUCAGGAAGUGCCUUGAAGCAAGUGGUGAUGUUUGGUUGCCCCUCCAUCGACAGAAGUAGUGUUAUUCCUGCCAAAAGACUGCGAAAAUUUUUUGAGGUUCCAGAAAACACUGUUUGCAGUGAAUGCUCACUGCGACAAUCGUGCAAGUUUGCAAAUCAAAAUGUUUGGAAAUGUAACACCAAUAAUUUGGAUUUGGAAGUAGUUAUGAAGGUUAUUACUGCAUAUGCUAUAGAGUUUGUGCAUCCCCAGCUGGUAGUGCCUGAUGAAGUAAACAAGUCAGUGAGUCAAUUGCUGGAGGAGGUUGUGAAACUUAGUCAAACCACCUGAAAUUGCUUAUGGUAGAACCAACAAUUUGUUUUAACAUUUUCUCUCAAAUAUCUGUGACAUUGCUGAGAUACUCAUCA